GAGAACGAACGGAUUGUUUACAUCUCGACAAGGUAUAUAUACCAUCGACAACUCGUCUAUAACCAUGCCGGCUUAUGUUCCACCACACUUGCGCAAUCGCUCAACACCCUCUACCCUGUCAACUCCCGCGACCCCGGUCCAAUCGACGACUUCCAGCAACAACGGCGAUAGGUCGACCCCACUCACGUACUCGAACGGCAAUGCCAAUCGUACACCGUCCAGCAACACUAGGUGGUCCAGCAACGGAAGUGGAGUAGGGCACGGAAGUGGUAUUGGUCACAAAAAUGGAUCACCAUGGGAAAGUGGCCAUCCAGGGAAAUCACACUUUUCUCGUCGAUCAUACCAAUCAAGUCCGAGCUCGAGCUAUCCCCAACCCAAUUCUGCAUAUAAUACUCCCACUAACAGCAGACGCGAUAACUAUACACAGAGUGGGAAUAACGGGAAGUGGACAGACAAGAACGAUAGUCCCCAACCGAGGCAUGGACGGGCGUAUAUCCAGCAUUCUCCGGCUCAGUUGCAUGUCUUUGGGGAUAGUUUUGUUGGGCCAUUCAAGUUGAUGGACGGGGAUUCGGUGCAAAUCAAGACAUUCAAGGGAGCUUCUGCCAAGGGAUUGAAUAACCCGAAGUCUAUCAAGCAAGUGUCAAAAGAGCUUUUACCAAUUUUGAACAGUUUGAUGGUCCCUCCACCGUACGCAUAUCAAUCCAGCUCUAGUGCUAAACGGUCUGUCAUGCUAGUGUUUGGCAACGUUGAUCUGCAAAUUAAUUACAUCUGGCAGCUCGCCAACAAACCAAUCACCUCACUCUCAUCUCCUUCUUCCUCUUCCGACCCUUCCGACUCGUCCACAAACGACUCUGAUCAUCCAGAUUCAACCAAUAUUCUCCAUUCUGCUACCGAAACGUCCUCUACUGGACCCGCUCUCGGUCCCGAAGACUUUGUCAAUGCUGUCGUGAGAGCGUACACCACUUUUCUCGAGCGAGAAGUCGUACAUGGACCUGUGGGCGAGAGGCUCUCGUCCAUUGCGGAAAAGAAAAGAAGUUCAGGAGUUGGGCAGUCUACCGCCGUCAACGGCAAGGAUGUGGGCGGACCUCCGAAAGUCUUCAUCGCCGCUGCCCUUCCGCCUCUCAUUGAGGAUGAGAUGCUCCCCCGUAUCCCGGAGAAGUAUGUGGAAAGGCUUGAAGAGGACUUUGAAAAGCAGCAGCGUAUGGUUGGGCGUGGCUGGAAGCCUCAUCAGGGUGUUGGUGCAGGUAUGAGUGCCCGUGCCGAUGUGGGUGGGGGUAAAGAUGAAGGGGAUUUGGUGGAUGGUUUGUCAUUACUGCGAGUAAGCGAUAAACCCGUCUGUCGACCUGAAGUUAGUCCCGGUCCGUCUACGACCGCAUCGUCAAGCAUUCCUUCACCCGCUCUAGAUACACCCUUGACUGAACCUACUGCUUCGCCCACCGCUUUUUCUGCCGAUAAUGGUAACAGCAACGGUAAUGGCUCAAGCAAAACGAAGACGCCCAUCGCCUCUUUACUCACCCAUUCCCCGCCUUUGUGUACCCUCCCUGUCAGAGUCCGUAUGACCGACCAAUUCAACAAUCUCCUCUCUUCCUUUUGCGCGCAGUAUCCUGAUAUAUUCACUUUUAUCGACAUUUCUCCCGCUAUGCAUCUAGGAUCCGAGGCGCCUUCUAUCCAUGGAGAAGUUGAUAGGGGUGUAUGGGCCUGUCCUGUGGACCGGACUAAUGUCCAUCCUGUGUGGGAGCCAACUCUGCCGCUUUGGUUGGAAGCACUAAAAAGGGAAGGAAUGGAUACGGAUACGUGGAAAAUGUGUGAUGAUGCGGAAGAGACAUUCAAGGCAUAUGAGAUUGAUAAACGGAGAAGAACGGCGGCAGCGGGAUACGGGGGUGAGAUAUCUAUGAAAUUGAGGGAUGAGUAGAUCCAGGUUUUUCGCGAGGAUUGAUUCUAUACGAUGUCGUUUGUUGUAUUAUAGUCACAUGGGUCUUUGGUUACUGUAUUACAGUAGAUUGCAUGAGAUGUACAGCAGGCACAGUUUAUGCAAUGUACAGUUAUUGCCUGA